CAAUGCCAAUCGCAUGUUGGGCUAUUUGCGCCGAAACUUCUCAUCCGCACCAUCGUCACUGAAACUAACUCUCUACAAAACAUUAGUUCGCUCCAAACUAGAAUACGCAUGCGCCAUUUGGGACCCGGCUAACAUUACACUCAUAAACAGCAUAGAAGCCAUUCAAAAUCGUGCAGCGCGUUUCAUCUUAUCAAACUACUCCCGACAUGCUAGCGUUACCUCAAUGAAGAGAACACUUAACUUGCCAGAACUUUCUUUCCGUCGUAGAUGCUUCCGCCUUUCGCUAUUCCAUAAAAUCUACCACCACAACCCUUUGUUGAAAGAACAGCUUAUCACCCAACCGUCAUACAUAUCAUCUCGCUCUGACCAUAGUUUCAAAGUUGGUGUGCCGUCUUCACGUACUAAACUUUGUAGUAAUGCAUUCAUCCCUAGCACAAGCAAAGAUUGGAACCACCUUCCCGCCACCGUUGCAGCCAUCCUGAAUACCGACACCUUCAAUACCAGCAUUCAUGAAACGCCACGUUGAAUCUGUCUUUGUAUAUUGCACAAAUGUUUUGUUAUGUUCACCCACUCCUUUCUGUAAUGCCUUCGGGCCCUGAAAGUAUCUUAAAUAAAUAAAUAAAUAAAUAAAUAAAUAAAUAAAUAAAUAAAUAUAUCAACUUUGCAUGAAUACGCCACUGGGAAACUCACUUUUUUUUUUGGCGCCCGUCGUACGUGAAUUUAAUGCUCUAGUGUGUACCACCCCUAUAUACCACGUUCUGUGCUAUACAACAUAGUCAUACCGACUUUCGAAGUAAAAUCGUGGUUCCUUUAGUUUCCCUAUUUCUAGAGCUUUGUAGGAAGCGAGGAGAUGGAAUGGAACGCAAGAAGCCAUCAUACAGUGGUUAUAUGAAGGUUCCAGAGGUCUCUAGGUACUACGCUAUAGCUGAAAAACUAAACGGGUGGGUGUCGACUGGCCGCCGCAGUAAGCGAACUACUUCGCACUCGUGCGCAGCUAAGUGCCGUGGAAGCAGCCGGCAACAGCUUGCCCAGCAUGAUGAAAACAAAAAAAACAACGGAGCCGAAGCAGACGGCGUGCUUGGUUGGUGCACCUGUGAGCUCUUGUCGGUGCGCAGCUGCACCUCUCGCCCCACUCGUCCCUGACCGCGCUGCAUCCCUCUCCACCAGCACCACGCUAUCCCCUUCUCUUUCAUUGUUGCAACACAGCUGUGUUCCGCUGAAUAUGUCCCCGUCUGUUUUCCGUUUGCUCUUCUCGCGCGCCACUCAUGCCGCACGCGCGCGUAUUUUUAUUUUCCUUUUCGCGACAUCUCCGCGGCCGAUCGGUGCAGGCCGACUUAUUUUUCUUUCCCUUUGCUUUUUUAUUCCGCACACCGUGGAAACUCGCGUCGUCUGCCCGUAUUGCCUCCUCGGCGGCGGAACCUUAUAGCCGCUCGAGCACGCGCUCUGACGCCGCAAACUCCGCGCGCGCUUCUCCCCACGCAGCACCGCGGUCUCGGAUCCGGCGCCGGAAGCGCGCCGUGCAGUUUCUCCUUUUGUUUUGCUUCGUUCUUCCUUGCUCUUCUUUUGGCCGCCACACGGCGACGACGGUGUCUGCAAGCGGUCGUAAAUUUCCCCUCCUUGGCCAGUUACAUUCUCGGCUUGCCUGCUACACUUCGUACAGCGGAGGAGCCCGAGCGACGUUCAGCCAGGACGAGAAGGACACGAGUGGCAUUUGAGUGUAUAUUCACAAAGUUAAGACGAAACAAGACACUCGCUGACGAGCCAAGAGGGCGAAAACAAAGGCACGAUACACGCCGGAGACGGAAUGUAUGGUCCGCCACGACGACGAAAAGCACGAGUGCGAGGCCGCCUAGCGGAGCACCGUUGAAAUGGAUGGUCGGCCGGGUCGUAUUUCGCUUGCUCUCGAUAGGAUCGUCCAGGAGCCCGAGGGAGCGUUUGCGUCCACGUCCGGAGGCACGAGGCAUCGCGUCCGAUUCCAGGAGCUCCAGCAUCUUCUUCAAGGUGACUCUGCGCAGUGCGACGAACGGCCAAUCAUCCAGGAUGGCGGCCUGUCCAGCUAUGAACGGAACCUGUACCUUUACCACGAGGAAAUGCCCGACCGUCCAAGGGUGGCUACAUUGCUCAGCAGCCUGGCCAACUACGAAGUGGCGAUCCCGUCUGUCGCGGGGGAAGAGGCCCAGGCUGCUCCCAAGAAAGCCAAUCUUGGGACGUUGGCGGGUGUUUACUUCCCCUGUAUCCAAAACAUCUUCGGUGUCAUCUUCUUCAUCCGUCUCGUCUGGAUAGUCGGCACAGCCGGCGUCCCUGUCGCCUUCCUCACCGUCUUUAUGUGCUGUUGUGUGACAUUUACAACUUGCAUUUCUUUGAGCGCUAUUGCAACCAAUGGAAUUGUGCCAGCGGGUGGUUCCUACUUUAUGAUCUCGCGAUCCCUGGGUCCGGAGUUUGGAGGUGCUGUGGGAAUUCUCUUCUACCUAGCCACCACCGUGGCAGCAGCCAUGUACAUUACUGGCGCUGUUGAAAUAUUUCUGAAUUAUCUGGUGCCUGAGAUGUCUUUGUACGGAGACUUCCGGGAAGAUCCAGAGGUCAUGUACCACAACUUCCGUACCUAUGGCAGCAUCCUGCUGGUGCUGAUGACCUUUGUGGUCUUCAUUGGUGUUGCCUUCGUCUCCAAGCUUGCACCGAUUGCCCUCUUCUGUGUUCUCAUCUCCAUCACUUCUGUAUAUGUGGGAGCCUUCGUCAGCUAUGCUGGAAAGCCAGGUGUUGAGAUUUGUGUUCUGGGUGAUCGCAUCCUGAGUGGUGGAGAUUACAACUGCACCAAGGACCGUAACGUUUCCAACUCUCUUUGGCACAUUUUCUGCAAAGAGAAUGAAAACAAAUCACUGGAAGAGGACCACACUUGCUACCCGUAUUUCGAGGAACAUGAGGCGCACACACGAAGUGCGCUGCCUGGUCUGGCCAGUGGUGUCUUCUUUGAGAACAUUCCUGUCAUGUUUAAGGAGAAAGGUGAAGUGAUCUCAGCAUCAGAUGAAUCUUACUUCCCGUCCAAGAGCGAGUCAUACAUCCAGAUUUUGUGUGACAUUACCACUUCCUUCACUUUCCUUGUGGCCAUUUUCUUCCCUUCAGUUACUGGCAUUAUGGCUGGAUCAAAUCGUUCUGGGGACUUAGCUGAUGCUCAGAAGUCAAUCCCUGUUGGAACCUUGGCUGCACAACUGACUACUUCUAUUGUCUACAUUUCUGGAGUGUUUCUUUUUGGUGCAGCAUUUGACAACCUUUUCCUCAGAGACAAGUUUGGCGAAAGCAUAGGAGGUGGCCUAGGGGUGGCACAGUUGGCCUGGCCCCAUCCAUUGCUAGUGGUGUUGGGAUCUCUCCUGUCUACAAUUGGAGCUGGACUGCAGUCUCUCACUGGUGCACCACGUCUGCUUCAAGCCAUUGCCAAAGAUGGCGUUAUUCCUGUGCUCAAUGUCUUCGCGGUCAGUUCCUCAAGGGGCGAGCCCGUGCGGGCCUUGCUUCUCACUGCAUUCAUCUCGGAGCUGGGCAUCCUCAUUGGCAACCUUGAUCACAUUGCCCCCAUCCUCACUAUGUUCUUCCUGAUGUGUUACAUGUUUGUAAACUUGGCCUGCACUCUGCAGAGCCUUCUCAAGACACCGAAUUGGAGGCCACGUUUUAAGUACUACCACUGGUCACUUUCCUUGGCGGGAGUGAUUCUUUGCCUCGUGGUCAUGUUUUUAAGCAGUUGGUACUAUGCACUUGCUGCCAUGGCAAUUGCAGGAAUCGUGUAUAAGUACAUUGAAUACCGGGGAGCUGAGAAAGAAUGGGGAGAUGGUCUACGUGGUCUAGCCCUGAGUGCUGCCCGCUACAGUCUGCUACGCUUAGAAGAAGGACCACCCCAUACUAAGAACUGGAGACCCCAAGUGCUUGUCCUGUGCAAACUCAACCAAGACUACAUGCCCAAAUAUCGCAAGCUUAUCACCUUUGCCUCACAACUCAAGGCUGGAAAAGGCCUGACACUCGUCUGCUCUGUUUUGGAAGGAGAGUACAGCAAAAUGUACAGUGAAUGCCAGGCAAGCAAACAGAGCUUGAAGAAAGUACUUGAAGAAGAGAGAGUGAAGGGCUUUGCGGAUGUUGUUUCUGGAGGAAAUACCAUUGAUGCCAUCUGCCAUAUCAUCCAAACUGCUGGCCUUGGUGGACUCAAACACAACACUGUUAUCCUUGGCUGGCCGUAUGGUUGGAGGCAGUCUCCUGAUGAGCGCUCAUGGAAGGUUUUCAUUGAAACUAUUCGAAAUGUUUCGGCUAGCAAGAAUGCUCUCCUUGUGCCAAAGAACAUCAACCAGUUUCCAGAUAACACCGAGAAGCUCCAUGGAACGAUUGACGUGUGGUGGAUUGUUCAUGAUGGUGGCCUGCUCAUGCUCUUGCCAUUCCUGCUGAGGCAGCACAAGGUUUGGAAGAACUGCAAGCUGAGGAUCUUCACUGUUGCUCAGCUUGAAGACAACAGCAUUCAAAUGAAGAAAGACCUGGCCAUGUUCCUCUACCACCUGAGAAUAGAUGCAGAAGUGGAAGUUGUGGAAAUGAAUGACAGCGACAUCUCGGCAUACACCUAUGAAAGAACAUUAAUGAUGGAGCAGCGUACAGAGAUGCUCAAGCAUAUGAGGCUGAGCAGGCGAGAAACCUUGAGCAUGAUUCAAACAAUUGUGGAUCAUCACCACAAUCCUCUCCAGAACCAUACUAGUUCAAAGGUGCGGUUUAGUGACAAACCACCUCAGCAAGCUGGUGACUCAGAAUUGGUGGAUGUAGUUGCUGAUGAAGACAAUCGUUCGUCACGCCACUCAUCCCGGCACUCAUCGCCAACAAAGUCUGCCUCAGGUUCACCUACAAAGCAGGCUUCUUCACCACCCAAAGAGAGCUCACCUGUCACUGCUGCUGAGGAUGAUGGGAAAGCAAAAACUGAAAGCCCAGAGAAGAAAGCACAGGACGGCUCUGGAGAUGCCAGCGCUGCUUCUUCUAAUGGAGUGGCAAGCAAGGGCCCCUCUGCCACACCAGCUGUUGCUGCUGCUGCCACAUCGGAUAGCCAGAAGCCAGAGUUCGACAGCCUCAUGAAAAUAAAGCCGGAUGAAGCCAAUGUGCGCCGUAUGCACACUGCAGUGAAACUGAAUGAGGUCAUCGUAAAUAAAUCGCAUGACUCCAAGUUGGUAAUCAUCAACCUUCCUGGACCUCCUAGGAUCCAGAGAGGAGAGGAAAACUACAUGGAGUUCUUGGAAGUGCUCACAGAAGGUCUUGAGCGUGUACUGAUGGUUCGUGGUGGAGGCCGUGAAGUGAUCACCAUCUACUCUUGAGCUGAUGGUACCCCCUGCAGAGUUGCCCUUGCUGUGACCCUGCUUGAAGAGCUCAUGGCAGUGCUCUUCUCUUCCGCUGUCAUACUGUAUUAUUUAUUUUUUUGUGCAUUUUUAGAGCGUCUAAAAGUAAGUAAGAUGCCCCCUUUCAAGGUGGUUUUGAGACAAGAGUCAAGCCUUGUGGCAUGCCUGUUUAUGUCGCGAAGAUUGUGACAAAUGAAAUGUGACACACAUACUGAAACGUGCUGUAAACUGUUGUACUUAAGUAACAUUCUACACCAACCACUGAUAAGGGUUACUAUGAGAAGUAAAGUGCCACUCGAAUGUAAUGGAACGUAGUGCCACUGUUAUUAUGUAAGUUUUUGUCAGCCGAGACGCGAUAAAACAGAAAAGGCUGUGUGAUGCACUACAUAGCUUAUGAAUAAGGACUGUGUUUUUAAACAUUGAUAUAAUGUGACUCACUUUUUGAAGAUAUUUAUUGGCAUCAAUAUUUGUUUAUAAAGGGUUGGUCCAGCUGCUUCCAGACAUAAUAAAUCCUAUUACUGCCAUUGUGUUCCAAAUUACAAGUCUAUGUUAACUGCAGACAGUCUUUCUCAUGGCUGCAGAAAUUAUUUGUAAGGUCAUACUUUGACUUGGUUUAUGAAACAUAAGUCAAUGGGUCUCUUUCUGAAUUUAUCAGCAAGUGCUGAAAGCUCUGUUCAACUUGCAUCUCUUGCCUUGUGAUAAUGUGCGUGCAUGCAUAUGUGCCCAAAGCCAGUCACUGCAGUUUUCAGCAAAGGACCCCUGAUGUGCCACCCAAAAGUUGUGAUCCAUUGUACGAGAGCUAAGAGUUUAGACAUUUAGAGAGUGAUAUUGCUGUGAUUGGUUGUUUCUGUCUUAAAGUUGGCUGCCUUGUGGAAAUGCAGAGCAAACUGCAAGCAAACAGCUGGGCCUCUGAAGUGUGAGGCACUGCCGGCCAACUUUUAUAGAUCUCAUUGUGGGAUCUGCAAAAUAUGUUGAUGCAGUAGUACUGCCACAAUGCUCGACAUCUUGUGCACAUGUUUCAGUGAUUAAAGCUGCUUAUUUAGUAAACAGCUGCAGGGUGAUCUUUUGAAGGCAGACUUGCCUUUUCUUUUUUUUCUUCCAGAGUUUUAUGUGUGCUCAAGUCUGGUAAAAUGGUUGCAAUUUUUUUUUUCUUAGUUCUAAGUGCAUUGGUGUAGCUUUCCUUUGCGUGUGCUUAACAAACAGUGCAUUGUAGUUAAGUAUAUCAUACUUGUGAAUACCUGUGACCUAAUCAUACAAACAUGAAUCAUCAUGUGCAAAAGUGCUAGUCGCAUUCCCAAGUGUGUUUGUAACGUUGUUUGUUCUGUUUCUCAUUACAGCACCAUAUGUGUGUUUUCCUGUGCGAAUUCUUCUUGCUGCAUUUCUCCAUCUUUCCUUUUCUGCAAGAUGUAAAUCUGUUGGUCUUUUUAUUAUUAUAGUAAUUAUCUACUUGUCAGCUGAAUUGUCCUUUAGUGUGCAGUUCCGAAUGACAGCAUCCACAUAGAGAUCAUUUGGUGGUGUUGGUGUAUUGCAAGCUAGCUGUAACUUGUUUCACCAGUGUUUACACAGGUGGACAACUCUUAAGAGUUAUCACUGUGAAAUCACUGGAUGACUUGGCAUGUUUCACAGAAACUAAACACGUCUACCUGCAAAAUGUGAAUAACGUAGCAGCAUGCAUUUGCAAUUCAUGCUGUAGGCCAGUCUAAAUGUGCUCUGCCUUUCAUUUGCUCCUAUACACUUCUCUUGCUGUGUCCUUCUCUUUGUGAGCCUUAUUAUCGAGGAUCUAUGAUGGCUUUUAAUACCUUUGCAUAGAUUUUGCAUGGUCCUUGCAGAAUGUAGUUGUGUAGAAGCUGGGAGAUCUUUGUGUAUAUGUACCACAAGCAAAACCAUAGUACCUUGUAGCCAUAUGUACACAUGUGACAAUCCUCCCAGCAGCAUUUCUUUUAUCUGCAAGGCUCAACAAAACAACUGCACUUAGUAACAAAAAUGAAAUGAAGACAAUGUUGUUUUAAAAUAUUGGUUAACUUGAAGUGCAUUGGAGUGGCUCAGGGCUGUUUGCUUUUCCUGGCUGUUCUUUACAAAGUUGCAAUAAAUAAUGCCUAGUGACUUCAAGUUACAUGAAUGAAUGCACCUUAGCGCUUUAGUUUGUAAUGUAUUUAUCUGUGCUGUAGGAGUAGUUUAAAGUAGUGUUUUCAUUUUAAGCAUGCAAGAAUAAUAUGAAUCUAAACCAGUGUGUUGAGUGAGCUAGCUUGUGUCUUAACUUUAUGCAGGAACUUGUUUGUUUGGAGUAAGCUGCUUAUAUGCACUUUCAACUCACUAACUAGGGCAUUAAGCAGUAUGGUAUUCAGAAAUGCAUUUAUUUAGACUGGCUUGUCAAGGUUAUUUUUUUGUAAAUCCUUUCUUUUUGCUUUAUGAUGAGGCUUACAGCAAUUAGGCAUCUGAGCUGUGCAUCACAAGACCUAAAAAUGGCUUGAAAAGGGCUUUAUGGAAAAAACAACAGCAGCAACAAAAGGCAGAAUGACUGAAACUUACGACGAGCUUUGCCAACUGAACAAAUGCAGUGGCAGUUGCAGCAAAUACACAGUGAUGUCACGUUGUUUGACAGACAUAAUUCAAGGUGAACUCUGCAGGUUCACUUUCCUACUUCUAAAUUUGCUCUUUGUGGCAUACUCUCUUCCUUCUUCACUAUUAGUCAGACAAACAACGUGUGCUGCAGCCUGAAGUGUGACUACUUCAGCAUUCACACGCUGUAGCCAGGUCUGUAGCUGUCCUUGACACAUGUGAUGUCUGCCAUUUGGCAUGUGUUUCCUAGUUGGGUAACAGUAGCAGUUAGUGAGGGGCUUUUAGGGGAAGCAACACCAAAGAUGGCCACAGAAAAGUUGUUGAGAUGGCAGUGGCCUGACCGCCAGUGUAAGUAGAAAAAAAAAAGGGAUAGGCAUGAGGCAGCGGGCCUGUUGGAUGUGUUUCCCCCUGCAUAGCUCAAUAUUGACUGUUACAAAUAUACGAAUGUUAGAGAAGCACUGACUGUAUUUUUGUAUGUACAUACUCUUUUUUCCCUGACCUUCCAGAUGUGAAAACGUAAAAAAGACAUGCAUUUAUGCGACAACGUGCAUAUUUGGUGUGGACACUAGCCUAGACAACUGGUGUAUGAAUAUCUUUAAGAGUACUUAGGUCAUGCAGCUAAAUGUUCUGAUUAUUACUGUGUGGCAUUGUCGUUUGAUGUCUGGUUUACUUGUGGUUUGCUGUUAUGUUGAACCUGGACAAAUAACUUCCACUUGUGGUGUGGACUAUAGCCAUCAGCAAGAUAUGCAAUUUGUUGAUCUUGGCCUGCCCCCAUACGAGUUGUGACUGGCAGUAACCCAGUGGCAGCGUGCUGUUACUUUUUCCUUUCACUUCCUUGCAGCACUUCCCAGAUAGCGGCUCACAGUGGCUCUCAUAUUUCCAGGCUUUUGCCUGUAGUAUCAGUGAUGAGUAAUUUGAGGUGGUUUUAAGCACUCGGCUCACAAGCAGCAAAGUGUAAAUGCAUACAAAAAGACUGGCAUGUCUGAACAGAGCUCUUGGUUUAAUUGGAAUUAUAAUAUUGUGCAGAAAAGCAUAGACCAAGUCAUUGCUAGUAUAUCCUCACAUGCCUGGUUGCUGUCUAGCUACCUUGCUCUUUGCCUGUUCGAAAGCAGUUCUGUAAGCUUUUAUAUGUACAUAUGUCUGUGAAAUGCUACACUCUGUCCCAGAUUUGUACAACUAGAUUACCAUGAUACAACGCUAGCUGUUCUCACUUCUAGCUUCCUGAAACAUGUAAAGUGCAGUUUUUGUGUCUCAUAACUCAUUAUAUAUAUAUAUAUAUAUAUAUAUAUAUAUAUAUAUAUAUAUAUAUAUAUAUAUAUAUAUAUUCUCCUUUUGAUGUGAUACUGCAAGAAACAAAGGUGAGAUAUGCCAGUGCUGGAAACCGCAAGGAUCGACAUUUGCAAGAUAAGCCUACCACUGCUGCCAUUUUCUGAGUAGUACUUGCUCGAGGCUAGGUUUGCUGUUUUUUUUUACCACUGCUUUGAUCUAAUUCUUUAUCAUCAUUUGUGUGUCUGUGAGGCUCAAAGGGCAUCCACAGUCAUCUAAUGUUCAUUUUGGUUGAGGCAACUUUAAAAUGCUGCUGUGUCAACAUUUAUAUUAGCAAUUCCUCAGUGCUAUAUUUAUUUGUUGAACACUUGUAUUUGAGGAAUGUGUGUGUAUGUCAUCUUAGAACUCAUAGCUGCCAUGAGGCAGUUUUGAUGGGCAUUCAUUUCAGUGGUGUGCAAUGUUUUCUUGUGACCCUGUUCAGCGACAUGCUCUUGAAGGCGUGAUAGGCACCUACAGACACAUGUGCUUCAUUAUUGUUGCAUCUAAGCUUCAGCCUAUCCAAUUUACAGAAGUUUGUCAUCACCAUAAAGAACAUUAGCAAAGAAUCUUUAAGGAAACUGUUAAUAAGUAAACAAUUUAAUGCGCUGUCACUUCAGAACAGUGCAAACCACUCAUAACAAGUAGGCAUGUUAUUGACAGCUCGCAUGAUUUGUGAAGAAUUUAUAUAAUAAGAAUUAAUAAUUAGUUAUCGUAUUAACGCAGUUGCCGAUAUCUGUCAUCAUUAGUUGCCUGCCAGGAAUUAACACCAUCAGAUACAAGUGUACACACUUAUUAAAAUAAUCUUGUGGGAUUAACUUUCAUGCCCAGGGCAUACAUUACUGUGUGCCAUUUGCCAGGCACAACACUGCUACUUGCUCAUCAAUUUCUACACUGCAGCUGCACAAAACUGACAUAAAAAGUUAUAUAUAAGAGAUAAAGAGAACUAUAUUCAUCAUAGAUUGUAAAGGUAUACAUUGUGAUAUGUAUCCUAACACAUUCUUUUUCACAUUCACUAUCACUUCAGCAUAGGAUAAUUCUGUUGUGAGAUUGUCGAAAUAUCCAGGCUGGACACUAGCAAGGCCCAGGUUUUAACAACUAACUAGCUAACUAAACUAAACUAACUAGUUUUAACUAGCAAGGCUUUAACAUGUACAACUUACUGACCAGGUGAUAUAAGCAGUGCUGCAAUGAUUCUUUGGGUGCAUUUAGCAAUGCCACUCUUCCAGUAAGGCUAAUUUCAUCAUAAGCAAUUACACUAAAGCUAUGGUCCACUCUUACUCCUGCUCCUUGGGUCAGCGCAUCUGAUGUCUUGUAUUAGUGCACAGCUAUUCAUUAAAAAGCCAGAACACCUGAUUCAAAUGGCACUGUUUAUGUGAUGUGUUUACUUGCUUUGUCAAAUAAGUCAGUAAAAGAAACAGGAAGCUUGAGUGCUGCAAAUUAUCUGUGUGUGAGGAGUUCCACUGAGGACACUUGAGCACCUCUGAGGUAGAGGAAAUGAGUUGCAGCAUACAUUUGCAGCAUACUGCAUUGAAUGCUUAUCUUGGGUAAAACUGUACAGGUACUGGUUCAAUACCUGGACCUAUUUAGUGGUGCAGCCUGAGAAUUAACUUUUCACCAUGGUUUACCUGCCAUCACACAUUCAGCAUUCAGCAGCUAUGUAUUGUGCUUUUGACAUGUUUGAAACUGGAGCUGCCAGGAAAAAAAAGGUUUACGAGAUAUGGUGCCGUCAUUUUGCUCAUCCUGCACCUCUUCCAAGAGCAUACUAACGAGCCAGCCUAUGCAAUGUCAAUGCAAUCACGUGUGCGAGAUCAUUGUCCUCAAAGUCCUUUUUUUUUUCUUCUAAGUGCAAGAUUUGUGUUCUAUAAAGUCAAGGUGCUGACUUUUCCUAAAUUUGGGAAGCAGGCAAUGACGCAAAAUUGGUGUGCUCGCCACUUGCCACUGUUGCGAUUGGUGCAUUGCUGCAUGCGCACAAUGUACAGGCACUCAUGUGAAGAUAUUUGUGCAAGUGAAGUACGGUCACAACAGUGCCAACAAUUGGCUUAUGCAUUAGGGGCGGGGCUGCCAGCUUAAAUCUUUCCUUCAUGGUAAGACAGGACAAAGUCUACUAAAACAUGCUGCACCCUGCAUUGUGUUGAAUUCAUACCUGUAACAAAACCUGUUCUUUGCAUGGGCUCUUUGUAAUGCCAUCCCAUGGCAACAACGAAAUGGAUUGAGGCGCAUGGCUUGCUACAUGCUUUUAUGGAUGUCUUCUAUUUUUUCCUGUUGGCCACCUGGAAAUGAAUGGUGAUGGUACUGUUGAUUAUAUGAUCACAGAAGCUGAAAGAACUGGCCCAGUAAGCUGCUGCCCUUGUGUUGGUGUUUAGCACUAUGAAGGCAAAAAAAAAAGCUUAACAACUUGUUGCUUGAUGUUUACUGUAGUUUAUCAUCUCUGUUUAGAUCUACUAUUUAUAUAGUACUUUCCUUACAUGUACAAGUGCUGUAACUAUACCUUUCCAGUGCUUACGAGUGUGAAUGCUUAGCUAGCAACGCACAUGGGAUGACAAACUGAACAGAAGCAUGCUGUUUCUGUUUGGCUACUAUGGUACUCAAAGACACAAGAAGUUACAUAUAUGACACAAGGAGACGUUACAGCCUGAACGAGGACAUCUUGCACUAUACACAUGUUUAUAAACCCUGUACUAAACUAAAUGAACACACUGAUGGAUGAGCCUUUUUUUCCCUUAAGCCAACAUACUAUUCAUGGCAGCGAGGAAGAGGCACAGGAGAGUGGGUAGCUAGCAUUUUGUUGGGAAAAGAAAUGAUAAAAUAUGCACAAACGUGGCUUGGUUCAUCUGGUGCUUAGUAUGGUCGAAUAGGUGCCACACCUAGAACCAAUCUUGAAGGGGCCUGACUGGAGCACUGCCCUACCUGCACAUCUGCAUGCUCAUUGGCACACUUUCAAACAAAACACCACAAUGUGCAAUAGACUUGGAAUGGCGUGUGCUUAUGGUUUAUCUCACCGCUCUCUAGGAGGCAUAGACUUGUCUCGCCAUUCGCAUCUAUGACUGUUGUUGUUCCCAUAGCUAGAAACGGGUUUUGGCCGUGAGAGCACCCUGUGUGCAACAAGUGGUUGCUGAGCAAGAAAAUGCACUGUGCUGCAGAAUUACAUUAUUGGCAUCAUGUAGGUAGUUCUAAAACGCUCCUAAACUUUCCUUCAUGAAAGAUGCUUAAGAUGCAAUUGGACAGCUGCUCUAUUUGCGAAAUAGUUCUACAGCCAUACACACUCGCGAGACCAGACAGUUGAACGAAAAAAAUAUUUAACACUACAAUCACACAUUGGCUGAUUAUGUGCACCUUGACUGUGCAUAGACAUUUCUCUGACGCAAGGCUGGAGACCAAGCUUUUUAAAAGGAAAGUUUGUUGAUAUGCACCUAGCAAGUAGUUGCAUACAUAACAGAUGGUUCAAUAGAUUGUUCUGAAGCCACUCAACCGACGCGCCUCCUGCCACGGAGAGUUUUGGAUGUACUUUAUAGGUAUAGGCCAACCCCUGCCCAUGUACUGCAGUGGUAUGUGAAUGCCUGUGUGCAUUGUAUCAACAACCUCGUCAGCAGGCAGUACUGAAUGCUUAGAUAGAACUUGUUGCUGGUCAAGCGUGCACCGCCAUUCGCAAGUGCAACAGUGCUUCAUGGUUUACGCCAAGUGGAGCCAUUUGCAUUGCGCAGGUUGGUGAAUUGAGUAUGUUUUCUGAAAAGAGAGUUACGAGAGUAGAAGGAAUGUGUGGCAAAUGUUUUAUAGUAGUUCUCUUUGCCUUGUUGAUAUGGUGCCAUCUCUUGGGGCAACCUCUUUCUUUCUUUUCCCUCGCGUUUUGUUUUUCACAUCAGCAGUAACAGGUCGUUGAUGGUGAUUGUAAUAGUUUAAAGGCUUGUGUUCUCAACCCUAGAUUGUAUGUAUGCCAUUCUCCAUCGAUGUCUCGCUCUUCCAUUUGUUUUCGUUACGUGAAAAGUUUAUCAGAGGAAUAAUAAAGACAUCUUGUUAACCUUU